AUGUCGGCCCUCUACAACUCCGCCUUGCGCCAGUCCAAAGCAAUUCGCGCCGACCUCGAAACCCUCGCCAGCGGCUCUCCGCCAAACACAACAGCACUUCAAGGCCAGAUCACAACAUCAAUAACAUCCUUCUCCCGCACUCUCGACGACUACCAACGCAGUGUUAACGAUGAGCUUGUCCCCGAGAGAGCCACGAAGGGCAAAGACCGCAUCACGCACUUCCGCUCCGAACUUCUCGAAUUUCGCUCCAGAUUCGCCGAACUCAAGCACGAACGCGAACAGGCACAAGUAGCCCAGAAUCGCAACGACCUCUUCGAACGACGCCCGCACGCCACCCAAACACCCGAGAACCCUUAUGCAGACGCCGCCAUAACCUCAAGCAGCGGCACGGGCCACAACGUGAAUCCUCUCUUCCGCACCACAAACCCCAACUUCCAGCCUGGCCAGAUUGGUCCAAACUCAUAUUCGUCCUACCAAUCACCCUACGGUCUAGGAGCAGACCAAGCACGAGAAAGCCAUGCGCUCCGCGAAAACAACUUCUUCAGCUCAUCGAAUCAGGUUCUGGAUGAGUAUCUAGAGCGAGGAAGGGAUGUGCUAUCGAAUUUGGGAGAUCAGAGGGAGAUGCUGAAGGGGACGCAGAGAAAGCUGUACGAUAUUGGUGCAACGCUGGGCAUUAGCGGGGACACGAUCAAGAUGGUGAAUAGGAGGGCGAAGCAGGACAAGUUCAUCUUCUGGGGAGGUGUGAUUGUGUUCAUCCUGUUCUGCUACUUCGUGCUGAGGUGGUUGAGAUGA